AUGUCGGUCUCACAAAGAAGCGAAGCUACUGCUACACUGAGGCCCGGAGUGUAUACACCGUUGCCCACAUUCUUUUACGAGGACGAGGAGUUGAAUCUGGUGGAGUAUCGCAAGCAUCUGCUUCAUGUUGUCGGAAAAGGAGCACUACCUGUAUGUGCUGGAUCACUAGGGGAGGCAGUACACCUGAGCCGCGAGGAGAGAUCGAUUUUGAUCCGAUGCACAAGAGAAACAUUGGAUGAGCAGGGAUUCGAAAGCGUACCAAUCGUUGCAGGUGUUGGGGGCCUGAGUACUCGAGAGACCAUUCAGCUCGCGAAGGAUGCCUUCGAGGCAGGGGCAACAGUUGGUAUGGUGAUUCCUCCAGCUUACUAUGCCGCCAUUUUGCAACAAGACUCAGCACAGAUUGAGCAGUACUAUGUGGACAUUUGCAAAGGAUCGCCAAUGCCACUGCUGCUGUACAAUUUUCCAGCCAACUCAGCCGGUCAAGAUCUUUCCGCAUCCACGAUACAGGCCAUCAUUGAACGAUCACCAAAGCUAUGUGGUGUCAAACUCACAUGUCAAGGUCGCAUGGAGAAAUUGACGCAUAUCUCAGCUUUGGUCGAAACAUCGGGCGAGAAAAACUUCCUCAUACUGGAUGGCGUGAUGAGCGAUUUAUCGACAUGGAGAACAUCUGGUGGGCAUGGUACUGUGAGCGGCAUCUCUAACAUAGCGCCAAUGUCGACAGUUAGGCUUUGGACGCUCUGUUGCCUGGAAAUUCGAUCCGAGAAGGAGGACAAAGAGCUUGAGGAAGUGCUGUCUGUGCUCAGUAGAGUCGAUGCCGUGAUAAUGCCAUUGGGAGUUCGAGGACUCAAAUUUGCACUAGCAUAUCUGUACGGUUACGGGAAGAACCCACGAAAGCCGUUAUUGUCCCUUGACAAGGAAAAUAGAGACCUGGUGGUGGGGUUGCUCAAUCCACUGUCGGAUAUGGAGAAGAGAUACGGGAACACAGUUCUCUGUUCAUAA